UUCAUACCCGAAGUUCCGAUAACAGCUCAUACCGGCUUUCGCCUUCUGCAGGCACGCAAAUGCGAGAAGUGGAAUGAGCGACAGGUUGAGAAGCCAGUAGUCGGCGAGCACGCCAGCCGGAGGACGCAUCGCGACUCCUACUCCUACCAGUGCAGACAUGGACCAGUGGCCUGAAAGUGUCGGGAUUCUGGCCAUCGAGCUCAUAUUUCCAUCAGAGUACGUGGAACAAAGUGAAAUGGAAGUUUAUGACGGAGUCUCAGUCGGAAAAUACACGCUGGGCCUUGGGCAGGCCAGGAUGGGCUUCUGUACUGACAGAGAGGACAUUAACUCCCUGUGUCUUACCGUCGUCAGCAAACUGAUGGAAAGAAAUGAUAUUGACUACGCCAGUAUCGGACAUCUGGAGGUUGGUACCGAAACCAUCGUAGACAAAUCCAAAAGCGUGAAGACUGUUCUUAUGCAGCUGUUCGAAGGAAGUGGUAACAGCGACAUUGAAGGCGUAGAUACCACCAACGCGUGCUAUGGCGGCACUGCUGCCCUCUUCAAUGCGCUGUCGUGGGUCGAAUCCAGUUCGUGGGACGGUCGGCUCGCUCUUGUGGUGGCGGGCGACAUUGCAGUGUAUAAAGAAGGUAAUGCGCGUCCUACAGGCGGAGCUGGGGCCGUUGCAAUGUUAGUGGGGCCCAAUGCACCCCUCGUCAUAGACAGAGGAGCCCGUGCUACUUACAUGGCACAUACUUAUGACUUCUACAAACCAGAUCUUUUGUCAGAAUAUCCUACAGUUGAUGGGAGACUUUCUGUACAGUGUUAUCUGGGUGCAUUGGAUCGCUGUUAUCAGCUGUUUUGUUCCAAGAGCGAGAAAUUGCAAGCAAAAGGACAUGAACAUCAGCAAAUCGAUCUCACGUAUUUGGACGCAGUGUUGUUCCACUCUCCAUACUGUAAACUGGUUCAGAAAUCUGUGGCUCGACUUACGCUCAAUGACUUUGUGAGGACGCCAGAAGAGGACCUUCCUCUUAAAUACCCAGGACUUGAGAAAUUCAGAAAUGUGAAGCUUGAAGACACGUACUUCAAUCGUGAUAUUGAGAAUGCAUUUAUGGAACAGAGUAGAAGAAUCUUCGAAGAAAAAACAAAGCCUUCUCUCUUGUUAUCAAAUCAAGUGGGAAAUAUGUACACGGCGUGUCUGUACGGAGGUCUCGUAUCACUUUUAAUUAGCAGAGACAUCCAAGAACUUGCAGGCAAACGUGUGGGUUUGUUUUCUUACGGUUCUGGACUCUCCUCCACCAUGUACUCUCUGCGCAUCUCAUCAAAAAUCGGCCCUGGCUCCUCUCUUCAUCGUCUCAUUGCAAAUCUCUCGCACAUCAAACCUUUACUGGAUCAACGUCGCAAAGCUGCUCCGGAAUAUUUUUCGUACGUCAUGGAGAUACGAGAACAGAAUCACCACAAGGCACCAUACACGCCGUUAGCUUCGCCGGAAGUGCUGUUCCCAGGGACGUGGUACCUGGACAGCACCGAUGCAUUGCACCGACGCGAGUACAAACGCGUUCCUCAAGAACCUCUCUAACCAAACAAAUAUUUAUAUGUAAGACUUGAGGUUCUCACAGCGGUGAGUAUGAAGAUAUCCGUCUUCUGGGUUAUUGCGCUGUGUAGUCUGGUCGA